AUGAAGCUUCUACUGUGCGGUUUGUUUGUUUUCCUACUCGAAAACUGUCUAUUCCGUGAUGCUCAAAUGGAGGUGGAUGUAUUUUUUGAUGAUGAAGACAAACCUACUAAGUUAACUCCGCAGAGAGCUGAUAUCAAAAUUCAUCACAUCAAUGCCUUUGGCGAGGGACGUUUUAUGAAAGUGAAAACCCACAUAUAUGAGGAUCGAACUCAUUUCGAUAUGCAUGCCGAACUGUUUAAGCAAUUGGGUAGUAACUAUCUGAUCAUGAACAUAAGAAUGCGUGCCAAGCCAGAAGGCAAAGAUUCCUUUGUAAAGUUAUUUGAAUGGAAAGGAUUAGAUUUCUGUGGCUUUUUAACCGAAUACAAUACGAAUCCUAUGAUGCAAAAUUUUUUAAAGAAAUCUAUGCAAUUAAGUGAUGUCAUCGUUUGUCCAGUCCGAGUGGGCAAUUAUUCUGUUACGAACGUGAGUGUCGUGGAUAAUGUGCAUGCAGAAAAUUUUCAAAACGGGACCUAUAAAUUAUUUUUCGAAAUUAUCGAAGAAACUGGAGAGUCACCCAAAUUGUUUGCCUUCCAGGUGACAACAAUAAUACGCAUAUUCGAUAUAUAA